AUGAAAUAUCUCCUUGUGGAUCAUGUGGAAGAGUAUGGGAAGUCAACGGCGUUUUUGACAAGUGUUUUGCAACUGAUUGUGGGUGAAGCUGCCAAUUUUGCUGCUUACGCAUUUGCUCCGGCCAUUCUUGUGACUCCUCUUGGUGCACUUAGCAUAAUAAUCAGUGCGGCAUUAGCACAUAUUAUCCUACGGGAAAGGCUGAAUAUUUUGGGUAUUGUUGGCUGUGUUCUUUGUGUUGUGGGAUCAACGACAAUUGUUCUCCAUGCUCCACAGGAGAGGGAAAUCGAAUCCGUGAAGGAAGUGUGGAAUCUUGCUACCGAACCAGCCUUCCUCUGCUAUGCGACUAUCGUGGGUGCAGUUAUUUUGGUGCUCAUUUUUUGUUAUAUCCCUCGGUAUGGGCAGACAAAUAUAAUGUUUUAUGUUGGUGUCUGUUCCCUAGUUGGUUCUUUAUCGGUCAUGAGUGUCAAAGCUCUUGGGAUUGCUCUAAAAUUAACAUUUUCAGGAAUGAAUCAAUUGAUAUACCCACAAACUUGGGCUUUCACCAUUGUGGUACUUAUUUGUGUGGUUACACAAAUGAACUAUCUAAAUAAGGCACUUGAUACGUUUAAGACGGCAGUUGUAUCACCAAUUUACUAUGUGAUGUUUACAUCGUUGACCAUUUUGGCUAGCACGAUCAUGUUCAAGGAAUGGGAUGGGCAGAACCCGACGCAGAUCGUCACGGAGAUGUGCGGUUUCGUGACGAUUCUUUCAGGGACAUUCCUGCUUCACAAGACGAAGGACAUGGCCGACGGUGGUCUUGCGACAUCGCCGUCGCGAUUCCACAAGCAUGCCCAUGAGAACGGUUACACCUACGAAGGAAUUCCUCUCAAGUGUCAUGAGCCUUCGAGGGCGCCAUGAGGUGAGCCAACCAAGUACGCUCUCAGUCUAGCUUUUAAUUACUAGAGAAUACGCUGCCUGCAUUCAUUGGCUUAAAUGGCAUCAAACUGGAUAUUUGGAUGGAUAUCGUGGAAUCAGUGAACGCCAUGUCAAGAUAGAUUCCAGGUUUACUCUAAUUC